AUGAAGCAUUUCCGAUUUCCAAUCGCGGCCCUAUGGGCAACCCAAGCCUUGGGACAAGACAUAGCACAGCGCCCCCUCCACGAUGAGUACCAAGCUAUCGGAGAUGUGCCUCGCGUAGUGUCAAAGGAUCUCGACGAAUUCAUUGAGCGAAUUCGGGAGGAGUGGCAUGCCCCAGGUCUAGCCGUUGCAAUUGUCGACGGGAACAACACUUGGGCAAAGGGUUAUGGCUACGCCGUUCUCAAUUCUACACCCGUCACUCCACACACGCUUUACUACACCGGCAGUACCACCAAGUCCUUCACUGCCGCCGGUAUCUCCCUCCUCAUCGACAAUGCGAGCGCGACCUCGUCAGUGUACCCUGGACUCAAUUGGAAGACACCGGUGUCCCACAUUCUCCGCGAUGACUUUGUUCUCAGCGAUGAGUGGGCUACGGCUCACAUCACUCUCGAGGACGCUAUGAGCCAUCGGACAGGCUACCCUUCCCAUGAUUUAGCACCAGCCACCACGGCCCAGGGAACUACCCGCCUGUUAAGGCAUCUACCAAUGGCUGCGGAACCACGCACGACCUUCUUGUACAACAACAAGAUGUUCGGGGCUAUGGGCUAUCUCAUCGAGGUCCUGACUGGGUCAUGGCUGGGCGAUUUCUUCCGGGAGUACUUGUGGGAGCCUAUGGGCAUGAACGAGACGUAUUUCUCUCUGAAAGAUGCCGAAAGAAGUGGCUUGGUUCUCGCUAAGGAGUACUACUACGAUCCAGAUGACGGAAGCUACCUGCAACUACCGCACGAACCUUCUUCUGGCGAAGAAGGCGCAGGUUCCAUCAUUUCAAACGUCCUCGACUAUGCCAAGUACCUGCGCAUCAUGAUGACUGAGUCUGCGCCGAUCUCCAAGGCGGGACAUCGAGAGGUGAAGACGCCGCGCACUUUGGUGGCUCCUGCGAUGGCACCGUUUACUGGGCCUGUGAGCUAUGCCUUGGGGUGGAACACCGCCAUCUUGGGGGGCGAGCAGGUGUAUUUCCACACUGGUGGAGUCAACAUGUUUAUCUCGAUGAUGAUGAUGAUACCCUCGCAGCAAAUAGGCGUGGUUGUCUUCACUAAUACGGAUGUCAAGGCUCCGCAGGUGAUUGCGACCCAUAUUCUCUCGGAACACUUAGGAAUUCCUAAAUACAAGAGACCGGAUAUGAACGAACAGUACAAAGACAGGAAGAAGGCUGAGCUGGAAUAUUUGCGGACUUGCGCAAGCGAGCUGUACCCUUCGCUUCCGACCCCGCCUUUGUUACCAACAUUGCCCAUCCCAGAUCACGUCGGGGAAUUUCAUAACACUGGGUAUGGCACUCUCGAGGUAGUCUUGGAUUGUUUGGAUUUCGUUGAGAUAUGCGAGCUUCGUGUUCUCGGAAUGGGAGGGGAGGCGUUUGCGCACCUUGCACCGAUGAUAUACCUCGAGCCAAUGUCUGGCAAUCAUUGGCUUGGUCGAGGAUACAUGGGAGGAAAGAAGGCACAGACAGUUGGCAUCCCGAUACUAUGCGUACCCGUUGAGUUCAAAGUCGAUAUUCUUGGCAAGGUCUCGCAAAUUGGUGUCGGGCUGAGGUUGGAGGGGGGCGAUGCGCCGCUUGUCUGGUUUGACCGCGUCACUGUUCCGUUAGAGGCAUGA